AUGGCUAACCUCGUCACCGCUAACGAUCCGCGCAAAGUCGUCGUCAUUACCGGUUGCUCGUCCGGACUUGGCCGCUCAAUGGCCAUCGAGUUUGACGCUCAGAAGGAGUACCGCGUGUUUGCAACCGCACGCAACGUCGAAGCCCUUCGCGAUCUGCCGGCAGGCAUCGAACGUGUUCAACUAGACGUCACCAACACCACUUCCAUCAACGACGCCUUCAAGGCGAUCACUAGCUCUACUCACAAUCGGAUCGAUGUGCUGAUUAACAAUGCCGGUGUAAACCUCGCCGUCGGUCCACUGAUCGAAACGCCAAUUGACGAUAUCCGAAAGACCUUUGAAGCUAAUCUCUUCGGAUUGGUCGCAGUGACACAAGUCGCCGCUCCUUACAUGAUUCGUCGUCGAUCCGGCACCAUUGUAAACAUUGGAUCUGUGGCCGCCAUUGCCUGCAUGCCCUUUGGCGGCCCCUACUCCGCCUCGAAAUCCGCCGUACACGCUAUCUCUGACACACUUCGGCUCGAACUCUCUCCGUUUGGCGUCAACGUUGUCGUCGUCGCCCCUGGAGCCAUCAAAUCGUCUAUUGCGGAAAACACAUUGAAGAACCGUUCCAACUCGUCCAAACCCUCUGGCGACGACGGAGACCUCGGCUACCUUCCGGCGGAAUCGCUAUACAAACACGUCGAAGAUCUCGUCAAGUUUAGGGCCGAGUUCAGCCAGCAGGGCGAACCAACGCCAAGCGAAACGUUUGCAAAGAACGUCAGACAAUGGGUAGCAGCAACUCGACCGGGCGCAUACCUCUUUACGGGCAAGAAGAGUUCGGUUGUCUGGAUCUCGUAUUAUCUACCUGUGAGAGUAAAGGAUUGGAUCUUGGGUAGAAUCUUCCAGAUUCACAGGAUCGGUCAGAACGCUCAUAAAAACAAGAACAUCUGA